UGUAUACGUGUUCGUAAAUACAUAUUGUGUUUCCCGGUUGUUCUAACUUUUCUUUUCUUAACAAGGAUGUUUCAUUAUCAUGCCAUUCUCGAUGAGCUAACAAGCCGCAGGUGAGUCGAAAAGGAUUUCCCAAUUGAACUUUUGCUGAAGAUUCUCCUGACCACCUGAAAGUUAUUGUGACGUCAUCAUAAUUUGGUAUUUAGCAUGGGUGUGAAAACGGUUGCGAUCAUCGGGAGCGGUGUCAGCGGUCUGGUUUCGCUCAAAACAUGCUUGGAGGAGGGAUUCGAACCUGUGUGCUUUGAAAGAGAGUCCUCGUUCGGUGGUGUAUGGAUCUUCCACGAUGAGCCCGUUAAGACACACACUCGAGGUGCCCUGUAUCACUGUCUUGUUCUCAACUCAAGCAAGAACAUGACCAACUUCAGCGACUUUCCGUACCCAAAGACAUCGUCACCUUACAUCCAGGGAAAGGAGUUCAUAAACUAUAUCAAGGCCUAUGUCGACCACUUUGACCUCGAACGUCACAUCCGGUACAGCACCGAUGUGAAGCGCGUUGAGAAAGCCACCGACUAUGACGUCAGCGGGCGAUGGACCAUCAGUUUUGCUCAUGAUGGCGAGGAUGUCAAGCAGGAGACGUACGAUGCUGUGAUAGUCUGCACCGGCCUGUACACCGAGAGGAACAUGGCAGUGUACCCGGGACAAGAGCAGUUCACUGGAGAGAUCAUGCAUAGCAAUGAAUACAAGAAAGCGGACGGCCUCGCGAACGGAAAGACAGUUCUCGUUGUCGGUGGUUCACACUCGGCAGGAGAUUGCGCAGUUGAUACGAGUCGAGUUUCAAAAAAGACAUAUCUGAGCAUGCGGAAAGGGACGUGGGUCUUGCAACGGAUGGGACCGGAUGGGCUGCCUCGCGAUAUGGCGGUCAAUCGGCGCAUCAACUUCUUCAUCCCAGAGUGGCUGCGGCGGAAGAAUACCGUCGACCAUAUCUACUCUCGGAUCAAUAUGGACAAUCUUGGUCUCAAAUCUGUCAAGAAGAUGUUCUGCUCCGAGACUAUGGUCAAUGACGACAUCGGGACGAGGAUUCUUUGUGGUGCAGUGGUGUGCAAGACUGGUAUCGACCAUUUUACAAAGAGGGGCGUGGUCUUCACUGAUGGAACGAGCGUUGAGGAUCUGGACCUGGUGGUGUACGCCACGGGUUAUCAACUCAGAGCUCCAAUCGUGGACAAUGACAUUAUCAGCGACGGCGUGAAGGACUUGGAACUAUACCUUUACAUUUUCCCGCCCCGUCUGAAGCAUCGAACAUUUGCGGCCGUCGGAUUCGUGGAAACGAUUGGAGCACAUGCCCCGGUCUUUGAGAUGCAGGCUCGCUACGCCACGAGGGUAUUCAAAGGGUGCGCUACCCUCCCUCCGGAAGACGUCAUGAUCGCAGACAUCAAAAGGAGGAAGAACUUCAUGCUGAACCGGUUUGGAAAGCCCAAGAAUUUUUUCCCUCCUAUUCCGUACCAGGACCUGCUGGCAGAUCGCAUCGGAGCCAAGCCCAAGCUCUGGCCCAUGUUGCUCAGUGAUCCAGUACUGGCCUACCGCACGUUCCUGGGACCGGCACUUCCCUACACAUUUCGACUUGUUGGCCCACACUCUUGGCCUGGUGCGCGUGCCGCCAUUAUGGACGUAUGGGACACCACAUUCUACGCCACCAAGACCAGGAUCGUCCGGAAGUCCAUCGGUGACCUCUGGGGUCUCGAUGUGGGUGCUCUGAAGAUCCUUCUUGUAGUCCUCUUUGCUUUGACCUUUUUCCUUUCUAUUCUUUGUUAAGUUGAAAAUGCUUUUGUAUAUCGCGACGUCCAUGGAAUACGAGUGGAUACCAUGCGCGACCAUUGGGUCUCGAAAAGCACCCUACAAUUAUUUUCCAUAUUCUGAAAUGCACCCCUUAACAAGUAUUGGUGUGUUUAACCCUUAACCUUAACAGUAUUGGAAACAAAACGGUACCCUUGACAAGUAGGCCUAUCCCCUGAAUUGACAGUACAACGAUAUCUCAAUAUCGUUAUGUCACGGACGUUGGAUUUACCUUUACUUUCAUUGGGUUUAAUUAGUACCACCCAACAAACCUCGCUCAAAUUGGGCCCUAAACACGUAGAAGCAAAAAGAACAUCCUUUAUACAAUGUUAUAAAAUAUGUUUUUUUAUACCCUUCUAUCGCAAAAUUUGACCCUAAACACGUAGCUUUCCCAGCAAAUAGAUAUACCCUUUAUUCAUUAUUUUCGUGUUUUUGACACCCUUAUUACGUUACCUAUAUUGUGCCUCAUCUUGAAAAAGACAUCCUUUUUACGCGUUUUUUUUUUUGGGGGGGGGGGUCGCGCAUGGUAUCCACUCGUCAAUAUAAGUGUCCCCGGCAUUUUUUUUACAGGACCAACUUGACUGAACCAUAAAGUAUUUAAACAAUGCUAAUUCCAAAUGUUCCGGGAGGACUUAGUCGUUGUUUUACUUGACAAUGAGGAGAAAUUAGAAUAUUUCAUACUUCCAUAUAAUAAAAUACAAAAGAAAUAGUGAGUGGAUGACGUCAUCAGCCUCCUCAUUUGCAUACCGAACAGGAUGUGCUUAUAACCGAUUUGUGAAAUUAAGCGAAAUUUUAAAAUGUCAUAACUUUCUUAUUUUACAUUCGAUUUGUAUACAAUUUUCAGUGUUAUGCUUGUUGGAUCUUUCUCGUUUUCUUCAAAUCAACUUUUUUGUUGGGGUGGACUGUCCUUUAAUCUGCCAUGUUACCCAAUGUGUUUGUCUUUUUUUUAUUUGUAAAUUGUACAUCUAUAUUAAUGUUUGAUUUCUAUAAUCAUGUUAUCAUUGUUUUUAUUGUUUUAUUUGGUAAAUCCAAUGCUAUUCAGCCUAAUCGACUGCGAUAAGGGGAUACUUUGAUAAAACCAUAAAUCAUAAAUUUAUGGUAUGAUUCGACCUGGGGCCUGUUGCAUAAAAAUUUUUACCUGAGAAAACUCUGGUAAAAAAUGAAAACUAAGGUUAGUCUGAUUUCUGCCAUUGACUUUAACACAGGGCAAAAAGUCUGAUAAAACAACCUGAGUUUUCUUAGGUAUAAAGUUUUAUGCAACGGGCCCUAGAGGAUCGAGCCCUGGCGGUCUGUUCAUGAGGCGGGCAUUCGGAGUCAACACUCCCUGUUCGAUACCAUUUUUCAAUUUCUCAAUUUCUCAAUCUGUCACCAAGGGUACUGCUGAAUAUUAUUCUGCAAACAAUAACAUAAAAUAUAGAUGACUUUACUGUUCAAAAUCGAGUGUUAAAUAGGCCUAUGCUUCAUUUUUACGGUAAAGUAUAAAUAUGAACUGUAUGGUGCGAAGAAUGACGUCUCUAGACGGUUUUCAAAAACAACCAAACGAAUAUAAUUUGAGUGUGAACGAGUUAUAUCUAGAUAUGGCAGUUUAUCUGGUGCAAUAUCAUGAACGUAUAUCUUGUAAUAAAAAUGAAACAAACCAAAAA